AAAUUUGGGAAGCGCACGAUGGAAGUUAUGAAUGUUGAAGAUGAAUCCGAGAAUAUUGGUCUCGGAUGCGCCCUUGAAUUGUUUAGUGAAGUGGAUGAAGUUAUGGAUAUCUUCGAUAAGUUACAGAAUAAUUUUUCUGAAAUUGUGCAGGAGCAACAAUAUGAACGCUUUCGCUAUGUGUUGUCUUUAUACCAAGAACAGCCUCAUUUGCUGGAUCCACAUCUAGAUCGAAUGCUUGAAAAACUUGUUAACAUAAUACGAAAAGAUGACAAUCCAAUGGAUCUAAAACAUGAAACAUUUAAGUAUCUACACGUGAUUACGAGCGUCAGAGGUUAUAAGUUUGUUGUUAGGCGUUUGCCGCAUGAGGUCUCGGAUGUGGAACCUGUUUUACACAUGUUAGAGUGCCAGGACCCGUCAGACACGGAGACGUGGCAAACCCGUUAUAUGUUGAUACUGUGGCUCUCGAUCAUUGUCAUGAUACCAUUCCACAUGUCACGAUUAGACAGUUUUGCUUCAGGAGAAGGAACAAGAAAAACUGUCAUGGAAAGAAUACUCGAGAUAUGCAAGAUACAUGCUGUAAAAGACUUAUUCAGAGUGUCAGCCUUUUUGACAUCGCAUUUUCUCACACGUGUGGACGUUAAGGACCUUUACCUUGUACCCUUCUUUGAUUGGGCCCGAAAUAUAAUUGCAGAUGGAAACAGCCCAGUAGCUGCCAAGUGUGGGUGCCUGGCAGCCAUUGCAGCUAUUCUGAAGCACGGGAAGCGGGAAGACCUGCUGCCACACGCGCCCGACUUGUUGCGCUUCCUGCUCGGCAUCAACUACCGGAAUGACUCAGAAAUUGUACGGCGGUAUGCUAUCAAGAUUAUGCAGAGGAUAGGUCUGACAUUCCUGAAACCCCGUGUUGCCAAGUGGCGGUACAACCGUGGCAGCCGUUCACUGGCGGCAAACCUGAGUGUGACGCGGACGACUGCCAGUGGUGACAUUGGCGGUAGAACUGCCAACGGCGCCCCAGCAACUAUCCCUGUCAUGCCACAACACCAGCAGCCCGUGGUAGCAGCGCCAGAAGAUGAUGAUGACGAUGUGGAGGUGCCAGAGGAGGUGGAGGAAGUGAUCGAGGAACUGAUGCAAGGGCUUAGGGACAUCAACACGCAGAUCAGAUGGUCAGCAGCAAAGGGCAUCGGACGUGUAACUGGCCGCCUUCCGAGGGACCUCGCAGAUGAGGUCCUUUGCUCUGUCCUGGAGCUGUUCAGCCCACGAGAGCUGCACAGCGCUUGGCACGGGGGUUGCCUCGCACUCGCAGAGCUCGGUCGCAGGGGCUUGCUGCUGCCUGCCCGCCUGCCCACCGUGGUGCCGGUCGUGCUGAAGGCUCUGACGUACGACGAGCCCUGUGGCAGUUCCUCUGUGGGGAUCCACAUACGGGAUGCGGCCUGCUAUGUGUGCUGGUCGUUUGCCCGUGCGUACGAUCGAGACGUGCUCGCACCCUUUGUGAAAGACAUUGCGGCGACGUUGCUUGUGGUUGCAUCGUUUGACAGGGAGAUAAACUGUCGGAAAGCAGCAUCUGCAGCAUUCCAGGAAAAUGUGGGUCGUCAAGGAACUUUUCCCCAUGGAAUUGAUAUUCUGACUACUGCAGAUUUCUUUGCAGUUAGCUCAAGGACUAAUGCAUACCUCAAUAUCAGUGUGUAUAUAGCACAAUUUGAAGAAUAUACUCUGCCUCUUAUAAACCAUUUGGUUGAGAGGAAGGUAGACCAUUGGGAUAUUGCCAUUCAAGAUCUUGCUGCAAAGGCACUGCACAACUUGACACCUAGAGCACCAGAGUAUACGGCAACUGCAGUGAUGGAUAAACUCCUGACGCAAACCUUAUCUAUUGACAUGAAAGCUCGCCAUGGUGCUGUGCUUGCAAUUGGUGAAAUUGUCCACGCGUUGUCAUUAUUGCCCGGAGAAAAAAAAAUUGAAGACCAUUUAGGUUCUGAAAGAGUGGAAAAAAUCCGUGGCCUAGUUCCUCAGUUCGAGCAGAAAUUCUACUUCCGAGGCAUGGGAGGCGAGCUAAUGAAACAAGCAUGUUCACAUCUUAUCCAGAGGUGUUCAAUGGCACAUCUGCCAUUUCAUGGCACAUCCACAAUUGAGGAGUGGCAGGCCCUGCUGGACCAGUGCCUGCCCAGUGAGGUGGAGGUGAUACGCUCUCGAGCCUGCUCGGCGCUGCCCGCCUUCUUCACUGAGUACUACCAGGGCCCGGCAAAUGCGGCCAAGCGGGACGCAGUUGUCAACCAUUACAUGAAGCAGCUGAAUGCUUACGAGCAAACUGUGAGAUUGGGUUUUGCAUCAGCUGUAGGUUCAUUCCCGAAGUUAAUGCUGAAUGGUAAGGUGGCAGACGUUCUAACAGCUUUGGUACACUGUUGCCACAUCACAGAUUCAACAUUAAAGUGGUCGGAAAGUAGGAGAGAUGCCAUAAAUGCAAUCACAGCUGUUGUCAAGACUGUUGGAGUACAAGGAGUUAUGCAAGCUAGCCGUACUUUAAUGGAGGAAGUACUGGAGUGCUUUCUGACUGGCCUCUCAGAGUACACCCUGGACAGCAGAGGAGACAUUGGCGCCUGGGUCAGGGAAGCUGCCCUGUCUGGGCUGCAGGUUGUGGUACUCUUGCUGGCGCGGGAGAUGCCAGAAGCUCUUCGUCCAGACACUGUCAGCCGCACAAUGGUUGGAGUGGUACAGCAUUGCUUGGAGAAGAUUGAGAGGGUGCGAGCUCAUGCGGGGCGGGUGUUUACGGCGCUCCUUCACAGUGAGUAUCCAGUUCCAAGCAUUCCAGACUGCAACGAACUACGUCGCAUUUUUCCUGCACAUGACUGUACCCAUGUGAUUAACUGGAAGUGCGAAUCAGAGACGUAUCCUUCCUUCUGCCAGCUGCUUCCUCUCACACCCUACACAGCUUGUGUCAUGGAGGGUCUCCUUACAUGUAUGGGAGGUGACAUUAUUAUACUGGCCAAUCGUGCAGGGGCCACACUGAUUGCCCACCUGCAACAGUUACGUACGACCCGGGAUACUCAAGAGCUGACUCGCCUAGCUGCAGCUGCCGUGCUCAUUUGGCGCGAGAACCAGUACAGUGAGCGUGUCGCCGUGCCUGUGAUGAAAGCACUCAACCAGCUGCUGGAACGUGGCUGCUUCGACGUGAUCCUCAAGUCUGAGGAUGGGAAUGAGGGAAGUAAUUUGGCGAAGGACCUCCUAGAACUGGCACUAGCUGAAGCCAACAAAGCAGGUCGCAGUGCGAAGAGGAUUGGAGCCAUCAUUCCAUUACUCUGUCAGCUAAUCCAGGUGCCAGGCACUGUGCGUAAACGUGCCCUAGGUCGGCUGGCUCGGUACAUAUGCCAGCCGUUUGUGUGGGCACGGAAAUUGACAGCAUCUCAACUGUACGAGGCCCUGCUGAUGUAUGGUGACGAGAUGUCCGAAGCUCCAGAUGUUGACGGAGCGAUGCAGCUGCUUAGUGAAACUUCGUGGAAUGAAGCUGUUGAGGAGAUAAGACCUAUUAGGAACAAAAUCUGUAAUAUGUUGGGAAUACCUGCACUUGUACCACUGAGUGAGGUAAAGCCUGGAACAGCAUCAUCAGCUAAUUUAGAAGGAAGUUCCAGUAAAAAAUCUUAGUUUAAAUAAGGAUAACA